CAACUAAACCAUCAUUAAACUCCAACCAAACCUGUUCUUUCCAUAUUAAUUAAUCUUGAGCACUUUGAGUAACGUGUAAUGAGUGAGAAGUCAAAUUUAGGAAAAAAAGCGACUCAUCGCAUGACCACGUAUAAACCAAAAACCACAACACGGAAUUAAUUGAGCAAGGAUACCCCGUCUCUCGCGAAAAGCUUUUAACAACUCGAUCUUCUUCUUCUUCUUCUCCGAAUGCGAUCUACUUAUGUGCAUAAUUCACUGUCUGGCAGCAGCAGCAGGAGCACCUUUUACUUUACCUGGCUUACGACAUCAACAACUUUUCUCUCCCCCUUUUUAAUAAGUUAAUGUGUAUUGACCCAGGGACGUGUGGGAUGGAUGAUAAAUGGGCGCAAAACACACUAUGUACAACUUCUCUGUCCCAACCAGGUAAGUAUUUACGUAUAAACAUACACUUUACGAUGUCUACUAAUCCAUUACAUAUUUCGAGCAAUGAAAACCCACCAGGGUUCCUAAAAAUAGAACAUAUUUUUAGUCCAACUUUUACUCCAUGUUUGGUAUCAAAAUAAUUCAUGGAUGGGCAAAAUACUUUGGCGAAAUGCAAUAUUUUGAGUUCCGUUCCUCCCAAGGUUUGGAUUUCUAGGGGUGUUACACCCACAAAAAGACGAGAAUCUGCAUGGAGAAUACAGCAGUUGUACGAAAUUAACAUUUUAUCUAUGUCAAAAUACAUUAUUUUCACGGCUUUCUAAAAAUAAUGUGUUUUUCCAGCGGUAAGAAAUUAGUUUUUUCACAAAACCUGUAUUUUCGCAUGACUGUUGUAUGCAUGAUUCUCAUCUUUUUGUGGGUGUAACACUCCUGUAAAUCCAAACCCUGGAAAAUACAGGGAUCAAAAUUCUAUGUACAUGUUGCCAAAGUAUUUUGCCCACCCAUACAAACCACGCAAGUAUAAAAAGGUAAGCAAAAUGUUGUUAAAUUGUCCCACACCUAAAAUAAAAACCACGGCCCACCAUUCAUGAAACCCUUGUAUGUACCAACCAUCCGAACAAAACAGACCCCAUGCAGACCACGAAACCAUAACGUUUUCCCUUUCUCUCCUACUUUUCACUUCCGGUGAUUUCCUCCUCACGAGUGCAUGUGUAUCCUGCAUGUCGUAAAAUGUCUCUCCUCCGUCGUAUUUGCAUGGAAAGAAAAUAAACCUACUUUCUCUCUCCAGUUUCAUAUUGCAUUACUUACGGUGAGAAAUUGCAUUUGUUAUUAUUGUUUGUUCUCACUCUGCUGAGAAAACCCCGACUGGGCGAGAGAAAGUCCGGCCACUUUCAGUUUCUCCUCAUGCAUAUUCAAUCCCGUAAUACGAAACAGGCAGCUUUCUUCCCAUCAUCAUCAUCAUCACUUUCACCGUUCCUCCUGGGGAAAGUUGCUGUCUCGUCGAGAAGUUUACGAGAGGAGGAGGUGUGUGUGCUGUGCGUGUACGUACACAAAAUUCCAUCUUUUUCCCAUGCCAUUUUGUCUUUGUUUCUCAAUUUUGUGCAAGUUUUUUUUUUAGUUUCCUUGGUGGUGGUGGUUGGUGGUGAUUUGGUGUCAUCCAUCAUCACCCUUCUGCAGCCAGUCUCUCACCCGACUCACUGACCGACUGACUUGACUUAUUUUUUAUUCGGUAUAUCUUUUUUCUUCUGAUUUUGAAACUUUUUUUCCAAACUCAAAAUUUUCCGUGUGGUGAGGCCAAGUCGGGUGAAGUGUCGUUGUCGUCGUCAUCGUCGUCUUAUCGGCGUGGGGGAGGAGAUGAAGCCUCGUGGCGUGGAGAUUUGUCGACUGGGCGAUCGAGGUGGAGGAAACCCGGAGCUCAUCCAUAUGAAACUUUUGCUCGUGAAGGAUCUCGAACUGAUGGGACUGAUCUGGCGUUUCUUCCCUUUCACGUACAGGACCAUGGAUCGGAGCGCUUUGUUACUGCAGGUGUGUCGAGAAAGGAAAUGGAAGCCCAUGUCGGACUCGUCGACUGCAGGGGGAGGCGGUACGUCAUCGAUGUCAAUGUCAUCGUCAUCCCCGGUGGCAGGGCCGUCAAGAUCGUCGGGAUCCAUGAGUGGGAGAUCAAUUUCAGGCUCAAUGUCAGGAUCGUCCUCGGUGGCCGGGGGAUCGAGCAAAGACCAGGAAUACAUGUGUCACCAGUCGUGGAACUUUUGGUGGCGAACGUCCCCCGUCAAAGUUCAAAAUCGUCGCAUGUCCACCAAAUUGCAUCUAUGGCAAACGAUUAAUCACAUUCCUAACACUGCAAAUUACUGUAAGAAGGACGUCCUGGUCAGAUACCUGCGUCGCAUGGCGGGCACAUAUGGAAGUUUGUACGAUUUCUGCCCGGUGUCUUUCAACCUGCCCACGGAAUACAAUCAAUUGGUCAGUGAACACAGAAAACGGAGAAGUAACCACCUCCAAAACUACUUGCUUUCAUCGGACGACGAUGAGGAUGAAGACAAGCUGAUUUGGAUCGCAAAACCUGUGGGGAAAAGCCAAGGCAAAGGAAUUUUUGUGUUUGAGCGCUGCUCCGAUUUGCGAUACGAUGCUCAGUACGUGGUUCAAAAGUACAUCCAUCCUCCAUACCUCAUCAACGGGUACAAGUGGGACUUGCGUCUCUACUGCUGCAUCACGUGUAACAACCCUCUCACCUUCUAUUCCUACGAGGAAGGAAUAGCACGAUUCGCCACGAGCAAGUACAAUUUGACCGACCUCACGGACACUUUCUCUCACCUGACCAACUCGUCGCUCAACAGACAGUCGCCAGCCUAUUACAAAAACAAGGACUCGAUUGGCACUGGGAGCAAAUGGACCCUCUCUCAACUCCGGAGUUAUUUCAAGCGACAGAAUGUCGACGAUUACGCUCUUUGGCAGCAGAUUUGGUCCAUCAUGGUUCUCACCAUUAUCGGGGAUGGCAAAUUGAUCAGUUCACAAACUUGGGAAGACAAUGGGUUUCAAUUUGUCGGGUUUGACAUUUUGGUGGAUGGCAACUUAAAGCCGCACCUGCUCGAGGUAAAUCUCCAUCCCGGCCUUGGCUCCGGCUCGUCCAAAUGUUCCGUCGAUGCCGACGUGAAGGUUCCUAUGCUACACGAGAUGUUUGACCUUCUCGGGUUCCCUGAUGGACGUGAAUAUCCCGAACCCGCAAUCCCGUCCAUGGCUGAAACGACAAACCAAUUGUGUGCGAGAAUAAUGAAGGCAGCUAAAGGAUCUGAGUCUCUCAAUCGUACCUUGCUCCUCACUCCACUACCAGAAAGUAUGCGUGCUCGAACGUGUCCAGUUCGCCACUUGACACCAAUUCCGCAACGUCCUAGCACUUCCGGUGCACCGAAACCAUCCACUUCUACCGUCACCACAACUGCCCGAUCCAGCCUGUCUUCCGAGAAUGGGCAACAAGUCAUUAAACGACCCCUCUGCCUUAACAGUUGUAGUAUCAACCCCUUCUUCUUUCAGAAGGUGAAGCCAGUCCCCAUUCGGAAAAAAAAUCGUAGCGUACUCGACAACGCAAACACCCGUAGUCGAUCGCCGAAUGACAUGCGUUGGUUCUGUGACGAUGUAACCAGCGAUGAGGAUGAGGACGACGAUAAGCCCCCAUUUGAGCCUGUGAUCGUGGGGAUUCCCGUUAUGAAGAAAUCUGCUGCAAAAUUGCUCCUCCCCAUCAACGGGCCAGGAAUGAGUUUCCUCCCUCGACAAUGGUAUCGAGAUUCUCCCAAGACGUGCGGAAAGUGGGUCAGAAUCUUCCCAUUUGACAAAGUGACGUGCGCCUCGUGUUCCUUUACCCGACCGAAUGAUUCUCGUGACUCGAUCAACAGAGUGGGAUUUCACCUCCAAACCCUCCGUGACGUGAUUGACCAAGCGCGACGACAGAGAAUUCCAGCCCCACGGGAAGAUUCUUAUUAUGAUGAAAAACUCCAAGGCCAGUUUAAUACAAAAAUAUGGCAUCCCAGCAUUCAAAACUAAUUUUCUCUGUGAUAAAAAUAGCAAUCAAUCAAAGAUUUUACUAAUCAUGUCUAAAAUUGAACUAAAUGUGUCCACUAUUAGUCACCUCUGACUUAAAAUUGUACUAAAUCAACAAUUAUGAAAUACCUAUUUCCAAAGCUAAUCAAAAUUCCCAAUGCAUAAUAAACAAAACUACAAACUCACAAUAAACUUUUGAUUACAAGAACUUUAUUAUUUUAUAUAUUUCUUUCAUUUUGAGAUUAAUAUCACAUGACGUAAUAUCUACGCAUGCAUAUGUAUUCGUUUAAUUAUCAAGUUAAUUAUUAAGUAAUUAAUUAAGUAGUGUAACUAUUAAGUAAUGGUUGUAAGGACUUAUGGCAGGUGUGAGGUUUCAGGUAGAUUUGGCGUGAAAUAAUUUUAAUUGGUUGUAUUUAAUUGGUUAUAUUUUUUGUAAUUACUCGGUAAGAUUGCGUACGGAUCAGGUAACGCUGAAUAAUAAUUUGGUUGUACUAUUUGCAUAGAUAUCGUUAUUAUAAUGAUGACUAGAACUUACUUUUCUCUCCUACAAUCUAAUUAAUUAAUUGUUUAAUUUAAGUACGUACGACUAGUAAGUGAAAUACUCUUAAAGUCUUUUGUUCAUCUAAUUAAAUAACUAACUGAACCAAUUUGCUUUUAAAUGGGAUGUGGUAGUGGUGGGGAUAGCUGGUGAGAAGUCCAUUUGCAUAGAUACAUUUACAUAUUAUUACUAUUGUUAAUAAGUCCACUAUUCAAUUUUAAUUAGUAAUUAU